AAAUUCUUUCCCUUUCUCUCUCCGGUCUUCAUCAAUCAAUGUGCCCGCACGGUUGCUUUCUACUAGUUUCUCCUAACAAUCAACAUUAGUGCUCCCUAUUUGUUUAACUAAAGUUGAAAUUAGUAUUUAUACUGAGCUUAUAAAUGGAUAAAUAAAGUUUCUACUACUUUAUGUCAGAGUAGACCCAGAACCCAGAAACAGAACAUAGCAACGGCAGGGGAUCUGUAGCGGUAGUGGUGGUGAACGCGCCGUCGUUGACUGGAGACUUUUCCAGGCGAAGAGAAUGAGCGCGUCGAGGUUCAUAAAGUGCGUCACAGUCGGGGACGGAGCUGUGGGAAAGACUUGUAUGCUUAUCUCCUACACCAGCAACACUUUCCCUACUGACUACGUGCCAACUGUUUUUGACAAUUUUAGUGCAAAUGUGGUUGUGGAUGGGAGCACGGUUAACUUAGGGCUGUGGGAUACUGCAGGUCAAGAGGAUUACAAUAGGUUAAGACCUCUGAGCUAUCGCGGGGCUGAUGUCUUUAUACUUGCAUUCUCUCUCAUUAGCAAGGCCAGUUAUGAAAAUAUAUCAAAAAAGUGGAUUCCUGAAUUGAGGCAUUAUGCUCCUGGGGUCCCAGUGGUUCUUGUUGGAACAAAACUUGAUCUUCGGGAGGACAAGAAAUACUAUGGUGACCACCCUGGUGCGGUGCCCAUUACAACAGCUCAGGGAGAGGAACUGAGAAAGCUAAUCGGAGCAGCUGCUUAUAUCGAAUGUAGUUCAAAAACCCAGCUGAAUGUGAAGGCUGUAUUCGAUGCGGCUAUAAAGGUGGUGCUCCAACCACCAAAGCAGAAGAAGAAAAAGAAGAAGGGACGCAACGCCUGUAAUUUCUUGUAAGAUUUUCCUGCUGGAUGAAAAGAUGACCGACUGGCUAAUUAUCCAUUAGUUUCUUAGUCACUCAGUUAUAUUUCCUCGUUGAGCAAGCAAAAGGCUGUGGUUUAUAGGAAGUUCUGUUACGGUAUCAAGUGUUUGGUUGUUGCUUUUUUAGUAGUGUGCUGAUUUGUAUAUUUAUGACUUUCAUGGCGUCCCGUGACUCUUGUUCUGCUUAAUGUAUUAACCAGAUUGUGUGGAAGAUCUUGUUAUGUGAAACCAAACUGUUUCCUGCUU